AAAAAGUGAGGGUGACUUGAAUUACAGCUAGAGAUAGAGUCCUCGCUUCUCGCAGCAACGCAUGUGUGCUCAAGUAUGAGGUUGACUCGCUUGACGGACCUGCUACUGCUGUCGCUCACUUGCGAAGAGGACCUCGAAUUGAAGAUGAAGCAUCAGAAAAAAAACAAAAAGUUGCGUUGUAUCGGAAUAAAAGCAAAGAAACCAGAAAGGAAAAAUGGCUUCUCCCACCGCAGCGCGGAAGUCUGCGGCUUCGAAUAUAACCUGCUCAGAUGUUACAAUCUCAAACGUUGCAAUAGAAUCUGGAUUCUGUCUUGCUUGAUGAUGAUGAGCAUGACAAACUCUCCCAGCGUUCCACUUUCUGCAACAUAAACUUCGCCUGAUUCUAGUGCGGUUUGGUACUCCGAAACUUGUCAUGCGCAAUCCUGUGGGAGUACGCUAGAUCAUGCAGCUCUUGCAUCACAUAUGCUAUUGUAACGUUUGAGAUUGUUACACAUGAGCAGGUUAUAUCGAAAAAGCGGGAUUUUUCUCUGACAGAAGAGCAGAAACAGGAAAUCAAGGAAGCCUUCGACUUACGCAUUUGUGCAAAAGUUGUAACUUCGCAUUGAGUAGAAAUCGCAGUGCAAAUUUUUUCUCAACAACAAAAAUGUUUGAGUUUGAGUUUGUCAUGCAGGGAGAUGUGUGAAGAAGUAACCUGUCAAUCAUGCUUGAUUGCAACGUAUCGUUUGACCAGCACUACUGCGAGUUUUUUGCACAGCAUAUGACCUCUUCGACACCGAUGGAAGCGGAAGCAUCGACGCAAAGGAGUUGAAAGUCGCAUUGAGAGCACUCGGUAUUAUAGCGGUUGCUGUUUCUGUUUGUGCAUGACAAAGUCCUGCUGGCACUGCAUGCAUGGUCGUGCAGUUAAAAUCAUGAAAAAUGUGCAAUUGUGAUGAACACCCAUCACAAAGAUACACUGUGUUGCACGCGUCAGCAUGACAAAUUGAUCUCGAGCCGGUCAGCAUGACAAACUGAUCUGUCUUGCACGUCAGCAUGACAAACUGAUCUGUCUUGCACGUCAGCAUGACAAACUGAAACGCAGGUUUCGAGCCGAGGAAAGAAGAGAUCAAGAAACUGAUUUCACUAUGCAUUGCAAAAGUAUCGUAUUCGUAUAAAUGCAUUACAAAUUUGCUCAGCAUGAGAAAAAAAAUUUGUAAUGCUGAUUUGCCUUAACAAAUGCACAACUGCGAUUAUACGAGUAUCAGAUACUUUUGCACAGGAUAUUCAGGAUUGGAAGGAGGGGAUGACGCAGGUACUGUUGCAUGACAGAUUUCUUUCCGCAUGGCAGAUUUCUGUACUGUAGGUUUCUCCACAUGACAGAUUUCUUUUUGUUGACAUUUGUGAUGCUAAAACAGAAAACUUGUUAUGUUCCCUUGCGGCUCAUGCAAUGAACACAACCAAUUCGUCCCAUAGGUUCCAAAAAACUCGACUUCAACGAGUUUGUUGCGGCAAUGACGGCAAAAAUGAGUGAAAAAGACACAAAGCAGCAGAUACAGAAGGCGUUUUUGCUCUUCCAGGGGGGUAGUGGGAAGAUUUCUCUCGAAGAUUUAAAGCAAGUGGCAAAGGAGCUCGGUAUAGUACUUUGGUGAGGAAAUUUCUCAUGCAUAGCUGCAUAUCGCAACAAAAUCAAAGUAGGUAAACGUAAAGGCAGUGUUUCUAAUUUAUGCAAAAGCAAUGCGCUUUUGUCAUGCGAGCAUGCAAAAAUCAACAACGAACAGGUGAAACCAUGUCGGACGAAGAGCUGCUCGAGAUGAUCAAAGAAGCCGAUAGAGACGGCUAUAACUCGCUCAGGCGUUACAAUCUCAAAGGUUACAAAAGAAUAUGGAGAUCUGUGAUGCAAAAAGUGCAUAAUCUAGCCUACUCCCAGCAAAGGAUUGCACAUGACAAGUUCUGGAGUUCCAAACCGCACUAGAGACUGGCGAAAUUUGUAUUGCAGAAAGUGGAACGCUCGACGAGUCUGUCAUGCUCAUCGUGCAAGACAGAUUCCAGGUUCUAUUGUAACGCUUGAGAUUGUCACACCUUAGCGGGUUAUAACGGCGACGGGCUAGUGUCAGAAGAGGAGUUUUUGCGGAUUAUCAGGAGAGGGUGAUGAAAAGCACCAUGCCUCUGUAUGUCUAAAUUAGCAGCAUUGAUAGUUUUAGCCGUGCUGAAAGAAUAAACCCAAUCCAGCUCUAUUUCCACAGAAGUUUCUUUUCCGAGAGUAUCUAUACUUGAACCGUGCAAUAAAACAACCAGAGACCGCUCGGAUUGUAAUGGAUCCCUGUCGUCCGGAAGUAGAACAAGACCCGAAUUAUCGUGUUAAUGCCUAGGCAAAUGUCGAACAGUUGAGCUUGUUCGUACGUUUGACCUUUUGUACCUGAACUCAGAAUCCAGUCAUUGUACAAAAACAAGACACAACAAGGGACCAAAACAAGCGAAGGUGCUGGCCCCUAGUCCUCUUUUUGCAACGUACUUAAAUUUUUUCCGACCUUUUCGUUUGAGUUUUCAUCCCUCUCCCUGCGAUCAUUGAAACAAUUCUGCUCUGUCCGCCCGGCAGUGAAGCAAUUCAGGUCAUCUUUUCUGUCCUGGCAAGGCUGUGAAGAUCAUGAUGUGCC